AUGAGUGCAGCUUAUGUGGCUAGCUCGAGUGUUGACGCUGAGCUUGAGGGUGAUUCCGAGGAAGAUGAUGGCGCGGGAGCGAUGGUACAGGAUGAAGACCGAACAUUGCAAGCCAUCCUCAGAGCAGGGGGUGCCACAAAGGAGUUCAUCGAAGCAGCAAAGCUCGUGAAGUGCGACAUGUGCGAGAAGACAAGCCCAAAGCCCCGCGCACAUCCUGUAGGGUUGGAUCAAGGGAACUACGUGUUCGGAGACGUGGUUGGAGGAGAUGUUCUAGAGACAAUGGAUUCGGGAAGACGGAGGUGUCAGUGCUUGAACAUCGUGGAUCUAGCAACUGGAUUCCAACAACUAGAACUCCUGAGAGAAGUGACAAGGGAGAAUCAUGGCCCGCCACCAGCGGAGAUGUGUUUGGAGGCAUUUCAGAGACGGAACGGAUGGGCAGGUUUGCCGAGAUGUGUCAUGGCAGACAGAGCAACCCACAACAGAGGAACAUUCACAAGCUACCUCAACGAGAAGGGCGUUGAUGUGCGUUUCGCGGCAACAGAGGCACCUUGGAUGCUGGGAAAAGUCGAGAGGCACGGUGGCCUGGCAAAUGCAGCCGUGCGUAAGACACUUGGAACAUUGACUGAUGAAACCACUUGGAAUGACAUUGGCGCCAUGGAAGGGAAGUUCAAUGAUGCAGACGCAUUCGCAUUGAGACAGAAGAGCAGGAUUGAAGCUAAGAAAGCCAUGGUAAAGUUAGAUACAAGCAAACGUAUCCAGAAAGCCCUGACAAAGAUCGCAUCCCCAAUCAAGGAGAAGUACAACACAGGAGACUACGUGGUUUACCGUAGAGAUGCCCAAGUAGGUGGAACCAAGUGGAGCACAACUUCCAGAGUGAUCGGGAAGGAGAGCGAGGAAGCUAUUUGGGUCGUGAAUGGGGGAUUGCCGGUUCUAUGUUCUGUUCAUUCAUUGAGACCAGCGUCUGAGGAAGAAGUUUUAUCCCAUUGCUUGCUGAACGGUAUUCCCGUCUUACCGGAGUCAUUGACCGAAGGACCCAAGGGCAAGCGGGGGUUUGUAGACGCCCCAGACAAGACAGAAGAGCCGGAGCCAAAAUCGCGGAAACCUACACCAGCAGUAAGGAAGCGCAAGCAAGAUGAAGUCGAACAAGCAGCGAUACAAAGCAGCAGCUCGAGCUCCAGUUCAAGCUCAGAAAGCUCAGCAGAAGACGAGGGUCAGCGCCAGAGUACAUCAUCCCAGGGAAACAAUGCGGCCGAGGAUGAGGCUGACCAGAACGUCGCCAAUGUCGCCGAGAACUACCUCUACGACUCGGGGUUAGCAGCAUCGGCAGCAAUCGAAGCACUCGACUUCCGUCCGGCAACAUUGUUUCGCAUCCGGAGCGACAGCCCGGUGGAUCUAUCGUCAUUGCCUGAGAUUCCGAAGGAAAACCCAGAGUUCAGGGCAUUCAUGGCAGAGCGUUUUGGACAGGGAGAAGAAAGCGCGGGAAGCAAGAACAUUCACAAAUGUGAUGACGAUGCCAAAGAAGGCCUCAAGCAGUCGCGAAAGGAUGAAUGGAAUAAGUAUCAGCAUUACAAUACGGCCAUUCCCAUUCGAGGAGAGAUGCUUCAGAAGCUGUUGAACGAGGGACAUCAACCGAUCCCAAGCCAGUGGAUAGAUGUGGACAAGAAUGAACACAUGAAAGGCAGUGAGGGCUACAAGCCGAAGUAUCGCAGUCGAUUGGUGGCAUGCGGUCACCUGGAAAAGGUGAACCGUGACGAGCUUCGGUGCGAUAGCCCGACGGCUGAUGCUGAGGUUCAUUGUCUCAUCGCUAGUUAUGCAGCGUCGAGGAGAUUGAAGCUGUACUGCGGUGACAUAUCGAGUGCCUACUUUCAGGCUUCGGCAAUGGAAAGAAUUCUCUUGAUGAGGCAACCGUCAGGAGGAUUGCCCGGUGUGCCCGAAGAUGCGAUGCUCCUGUGCAGACUUCCGAUUUACGGAACGAUGGGGGCUACCUCACGCCUCGUGUGCCGUACGAUCACUACUGCAUGUCAUGCGAGUUGUCAGCUUGUUGCCUUGACUUUUUCUUGUUUGAUCUGCAUGCUGCUGACCGCUGCAGCCAUAAUAUCAAAGUCCCGCCCGCCCGCCCUGGGUGAAGGGAUAUGGUGCAGCGGAGCCGCUGCGGAUGAUGAGUCGUUGCACCCAUGUGUGCUUCUCUUCAAUCGGAGUUCUUGA